AUGGUUGUGACAGCCAGGAUACCAGAUGAUCAUGUUGAGAAUGAACAGAAAGGCAAGAAGGUGACCAAGGCCCGAAACAGAUACAUUCAGUUCCUCUCUGAGCAAUGGCUGGUGAUUUGUUUCGGUCUGGCUUGUGUGUUGGCGUGGAAAUGGCCCGAUGUUGCCGCUACUGGGGGUCCGAUCAAAUCAGAGUACACCAUCCUGUACGGCUCCGUUGCCAUCAUCUUCUUCAUCAGCGGUCUGCAGCUCUCGACCCAGAAGCUCCGCGAGAACCUCUUCAACUGGCGCCUGCAUAUCAUCGUGCAGGGAAUCAGCUUCGUCGUCAUACCUGUGAUCUGGCUUGUGAUCAUGUGGAUCAUGAUCGCGGCCGGUGAUUUGCAGACCAAGGUCAUCGAGAUCCCUGUGCUCACCGGGAUGCUGGUGACAAGCUGUCUGCCGACGACCAUUUCUUCCAACGUCGUCAUGACCCGUAAUGCGGGCGGCGACGAUGCGGCGGCCAUCAUCGAAGUGGUUAUCGGGAACGUGUUUGGCUCCUUCAUCAGCCCUGGACUCAUCUAUGCUCUCAUCCCGCGCAGGCCCGAGUUCACAUCGUGGAUGCCAGCCUCGCCGACCACCCUGGGGGCCAUGUACAGUGGCGUCGCCGAAAAGCUGGGACUCACGGUCAUCCUGCCGCUGGUGGUGGGACAGUUGGUACGGAUCCUGUUUGAGAAGAAGGUGGUCUGGUGUGUGACGCAUCUGAAACUUGGGAAGCUAUCGACCUUCUUCCUCUGUACUUUGAUAUGGUCCACCUUCUCCAACGCCUUCAAGACGGGUGCACUCUACACGAUGCCCAAGGCCUCUAUUUUCUUCACAGUUUUUAUGAACAUCGGACUCUACGUCUUGUUCACCAUAAUCUGUUUUGUGUUCGCCCGGCCGCCGCACAACCUCGUGAAGAAGGCGAUAGGACCGCAGCUUGCGAGUCUUUCGAUCCCACGGCCCAUCAGGCACUUUAUCACCCCCAGACAGAUGUCCAAGGAGCAAACGAUCGCCGUGUGUUUUUGUGGCGCGGCCAAGACCACCGGUGUCGGAAUCCCGCUGGUGGCGGCAAUGUGGUCGGGCAGGGACGAGCUGACGAGGGCAUACCUGCAGAUCCCCGUGCUGCUGUAUACAAUGGAACAGGUGUUUCUGGCCCAGGGACUGGUGUACGUCUUCAAAUGGUUCUUGAGACGGAGCGUGCACAGCGAGCUGGACGUGGAGAGUGUGAGGGGAGAGCGUGGACUGCGAGCUCUGGAUGGGGCGGACGAGACGCCGUCUCCCACGACGGAGACGGUGAGAAAUGAUGAGAGGCUGCGUGCGGACUGUGCUGGCGUGGAGGAAGUCAAGCUUUGA